UUGCUGCCCCGCCGCCCUUGACUUCCUUGACUUCCAUCCAUCUCCCACCCAUCCCCGUUGUGCUUUCACACCGCUCUUCAUGGCAGUGAGCCUCGACGACGCGAUGAAGGAGCUGCCGCCCCCUGAGGACGGCCAGCCAUGUGAGAGCGCAGCAGCGACAGCCUCUGAUUCACUGCUUGAAAGCCUCCCCGCCGAAGUGCGGCGCUACCUACUGUCGCUGAUGGACGUCCAGGGGCUGCGAGCCCUGGUCCACGCGUCGCCGGUCUACCACCAGCAGUAUCUUUUGGAUCGGACAUGGCUGCUGCGGCGAUGCCUGGACCACACGCUGCGCAGCGUUCUGGUCGACGCGUGGGCGGUUUAUCAGACCAGCGAGGCUCGUUUUGCACGCAAGCGCACAAUGGAAACAGUGGCUCCAUUCAUCACAGCCUACCAGGAUCGCCGGGCGGUAUUUGCGGACACAGGCGCGCCCAGCCCCGCGCCAACCAUGGAUGAAGUGGCCGGGAUGAUGGCCUAUCACAUUGGCGUUGUCAUGCCGCUUUUGCGACAGUAUGCUGGCUGGGCGCUGGACAAUCUCUCACGCGAAACUGAGGACACCACUCAUGAAGCCAAAGACAUCACUCAUGAAGCCAAAGACACUACUUAUAAUGACACCACUUAUAAAUCUGAGGACACCACUCGCGAUGCCAAUGAGACCUUGACAAUGACCGAGGAGACGCGGCUGAUGCGUGCCCUGUACCGCUUUGAGCUGUGCUCCAACCUGUUUGGCGUCCGCACCGAGCGGCCUACAUUUGAAGGGAUUGAUAUUCGCAUCACGCUGGAGCGCUUGUAUCAGCCCUGGGAGAUAGAGGAGAUUUCCUGCAUUCACACCUUUGUGAGAGACAAGUUUACGCAGGUCUUUGACGAGAUCCGCUGGGAUGUGGACGAGGAUAACCCCAAGUACGCCGGGCAUCAACGGCCACCGACCCCCGACGGCGUCUUUGACCUCGUAAACCAAGUCGACAGCUUCCUCAAGGGCUGUGUCUCGCGCGGCCUCGUCUUGCUGCAUUCCGUUCUCUGCCAGAUCCACGACCACGACACCCUCGUCUCGACCAUGCAGGGAAGCCUGGUUUACUUCUCGGGCGAGUUCCUCGGAAACGACGCCUUUGGAAUGCUCACGCACGACAAGCGGCGGGAAGAGGCGCCAACGCCGCGGGACAUGAAGGAGGCUCGGCGCGAGCCCUUGCCCUUUCGCGGCGAUCUCGCCCCAGACCCAGACGGGAUGUAUCCCCCGUUGGCAUGGACGCUGAUGUGGGACGGAACAUAUAGCAACCUGCUUGGGAACUGGAUUCCAGGGUCCCUCCGCCGCUGGGGAUAUGUCCUGUGGGAUGCACCGCGCCUGGUGCGCACACAGGCGGAGGAGGUCUUGCGGAAGGAGCUGCAGGAGCACUGGGGAAGUUAUGAUCCACGAGAUGACCAGCUCUAUGAAGAGGACUAUUAAAUAAGCAUUGGUAUGAUGAGGCUUGAGCUACUUUCACUCCAUGUGGCGAGAUUCAUUUCCUCCGUACUCAUUCACCAUGAUGUUCUUCGAGUAUAGACGCAACCAGCCUCUCCAUCGGCACAGUAUUAAACUGCACGUCUUGGCUGUAAACUUGCUAGACAUGGAUAUUACUUAGCAGUAGAUCAAUGGUUAGUGGAUUAUACGUCGAUAAAGACACCGGUAGCUGAGCUUCGCGUUACUAAUACACCC